AUGAACGAUACCAUCACUAACGAUACCCAACAUGAGCAAGGCCAAGAUAGCGAUGCAAGGUCCGGUACGAUACAUGUAGAUGCCUCCGAGGAAGAAGAUUUGGUGAUAGACUGGAACGGGCCCGAUGAUCCUGAAAACCCUAAAAACUGGGAAUUCUCAAAGAGAUGGAGGGCAACGGUGAUCGUGUCGCUGUUCACAUUUAUCAGCCCCGUGUCGUCAUCGAUGGUGUCACCAGCGAUGGAACAAGUCGCACAGGAUUUAGGAAUUAGUAGUUCGGUGGAGCUCGCAAUGACGGUGUCGGUUUUCGUUUUGGCGUAUGGUGAGCUAGCUUUUUUCCUCGGCCCGCUCAGUGAGAUAUACGGACGAUCAAAAGUAAUACAGUUUUCCAAUGUGUUUUUCUUCGUGUGGAAUCUCGGGUGUGGAUUCGCCCAGACCAAGACGCAGCUCAUAAUAUUCCGAUUUUUUGCCGGUCUGGGUGGAAGCACGCCUUUGGCAGUUGGUGCGGGUGUUCUUGCUGACAUGUGGAGAGCGGAGGAGAGGGGGAAAGCUAUUGCUGUAUAUUCUCUAGCGCCCUUGAUGGGUCCCGUCAUCGGUCCUGUCGCUGGCGCCUGGAUUGCCGAAAAGUCAACUUGGAGAUGGGUCUUCUACUCCACAUGCAUCUUCGACGUCUUCGUUCAAUGCUUGGGACUCGUAUUCCUCAGAGAAAGCUUUGCACCAGUACUUUUGGAGCGCAAAGCGGAGAAGAUAAGGAAGAGCAAGGAUCCUGAGAAGGGUCAACGAAAUGUGCGCACUGUGUUUGACAAGGCUGGCACUCGGAGCUGGCAACAAAUUUUUGCAACAGCCCUCGUUCGCCCCUUUGCACUGUUUGUUCGCGAGCCCAUCGUCCAGAUAGUCGCUUUGUACAUGGCGUUCAUAUAUGGUGUCUUUUAUCUGUAUUUGACGACGAUGCCAACGAUAUUCAGAGAGGUAUACCACCAAAAUACGGGUAUCGCUGGGUUGCACUACAUCGCGCUAGGUUUGGGUGUGAGCUUGGCCUCUCAAACCAACGCGAGGUAUAUGGAUCGCGUUUACAAAUAUCUGAAGGAAAGGAACGGGGGCGUCGGGGAGCCAGAAUUUCGCGUGCCUUCGAUGGUGCCAGGAUCGAUUGUAUUUCCCAUAGGACUGCUCUUGACUGGAUGGUGUGCACAGAAGGGCGUCCAUUGGAUAGCGACUGACAUUGGCAUUGCUUUUGUCGGAGCGGGGAUGAUAUUGAAUUUCCAGUCGAUGCAGACGUAUGUUGUGGAUACGUUUACGCUGUAUGCGGCUUCAGGGCUCGCUGCGGUGUCGUGUCUCCGUUCCCUAGCAGGGUUCGGGUUUCCCCUCUUUGCGACAUCCAUGUAUGAUAAACUUGGAUAUGGAAAGGGUGACACUAUUCUUGCUGUGGUCGCGAUUGUCCUUGGAUGCCCAGCACCUUUCUUGUUCUGGAAAUAUGGCAAAGCAGUGAGAAUGAAGAGUCGGUAUACUAAGAAACCUACGUCGUAA